AUGGGUGGGGGGAACCAGGAGCCCAGCAUGUGGCAUUCCCUGCGCAGCAGCAGCCCCAGCAAGGAGCCCAGCAGAGGUGAUGCAGAGCGUUCAUCCACAUUGCAGCUGGGACGUAUCAUUCCCAGCGUGGGCAGAGAUGCACAUGCCGGCUCCGAUCCAGCUAGCCCCUCGCAGCGGGGCCGUGGAGACGCAAGCCGUAGCCCCCGGACACCAGCCUGGGAUGAACGACGCUUAUGGGAGAAGCCAAAACAGCCAAAAUUCUCUCGUGGAAAGUCUCCUGCAAGGGAAAAGGUUCCCAGAAAUAUUGCCCGGAAGCCUAGCAAGAAAGGCCGGCGGCUGGGCUCGGAUGGGGAUAGUGCGGACUCCUGGAGCGACAAGUUCACUUCUGAAGCAAGUGAUUUUUCCGAAGUGGACUCUGCGUGGCAGGAGGAUGGGGGGUUAUCACAGAAGACCAGGUGUAGGAUCGCUCUCCUGGGGCAGACAGGCGCUGGGAAAUCAUCCUUUGUCAAUGCCAUUAGAGGCCUGGGUGAUGAAGAGGAAGGUGCUGCUAAAACCGGGGUGGUGGAGACAACAAUGGUACCAACUUCUUACCGGCUUCCCAAACAGCCCAAUAUUACUAUAUGGGACCUGCCAGGGUUCGGGCCGACAAAGCGUCAAUCAGACACAGACCUUGAUCUCUUCAGCUUGAGCCAAUACGAUGCGUUCCUUAUCUUCUCCUCCCAUCACUUCACAGCCACCCAUGCUGGCUUGGCCCGGAAGAUCCAGCGAGCGGGGAAGGUGGUUUAUUUUGUGCGCUCCAAGGUGGACCAGGAGUUGCUUCCUGCCCGGAGGCAUCAGCCUUCUACCUAUAAUGAAGAGCGAAUUCUGCAGAAAAUCAGAGACACCUGCAUGACACACUUGCAGAGAGAAGGGGUGACUUCCCCGCAGGUUUUUCUCCUGUCUAGCUUUGAAUAUGGCCGGCACGACUUCCCUCUUCUAGAGGAAAUAUUACAGAGAGAAUUUGGGAGUCGUUUCCCUGGCUGAGCUCUUGUUCCCCAAAAAUCUUGCACAAGGAAAAAGCAGCCAGGCAGAGUCAGAAACCAGCCCUAACUUCAAGUUAUAAUACCGAAAAUAUUCAUAUAAAUCUCUAAAAGGACAUGGCAGAACUAGAGGGGGUUUAGAGAAGGACCAUGAGAAUGAUCAAGGGCCCGUACCCAGCUGACUUUAAUGUCGUUGCCCCUUUUGCCCCCACCCCCUUUCCCCUGGCUGCUGAGCUUCUGUCUUCCCUGUCCCCUAACACAAGAGCAAGGGGGCAUUUAAUAAAAGUGAAGGUUGGGAAUUCAAAUCGAAGAAAGGAGCUCCUUUUUCACACAGUGUGUGGAACUCACCACCCCACGAUGUCAUGAAGGCGAAGAGUUGAGCAAGGUUCAAAGAGGGGUUGGCCAUUUCUAUAGCUAACGAGAACAGCCAGAGCGAUCUUAGAAAAUGACAACACAAUGGUGUUGUUUGCAGCGUUGGUUCCAGGAUAUUAGCGAGACAAGGCGGGGAAGGGAAUAGCUUUUAUUGGACCCAUUUCUGUUGGGGAGAGAGACAAGCUUUGGAGCUUACACAGACAGGGGUGGCGAGUUGGAUGGGCCUGUGGUGCCCUUGCUCCACCAAUAUUCAGAGCACGGGGGCCCGGCUCCACCAAAGUUCAGGGCCAGGUCUCUCCCCCGGCCGUGCCGGCGGCUGCCCAUGCACGUCGCCCCUGGCGCGUCCCCUGAGCCUGCAUGCUGCCCCCGGCGCAGGGGGGCCCAGGUGGCUUCCUGCCCACCCGCUCCACUCCAGAUCCCUUUCCUGCGGCCCCUGGGCAGGGGGUGGGGGUAUGGUCUCUCCAUGCUGCCCCUGCGGCUACUGGGAGCUGUGGGGGUGGUGCCUGCAGGCAGCAGCGCAUGGAGACCCCCUGCGCCCCCCGGUCUAGGAACUGCUGCCGGAAGGGGGUGCGGGUCACUUACAGGAGCUGCCCCAGGUAAGCGCCUCACCCCUCACCCCCUCCCACACCCAAACUCCCUCCCAGAGCCUGACCCCUUUCCCCCCACACCCAAACUUCUCCCAGAGCCUGAUCCCUCACCCCUCCCGCACGCAAACUCCCUCCCAGAGCCUGACCCCUUUCCCCCCACACCCAAACUUCUCCCAGAGCCUGAUCCCUCACCCCUCCCGCACGCAAACUCCCUCCCAGAGCCUGACCCCUUUCCCCCCACACCCAAACUUCUCCCAGAGCCUGAUCCCUCACCCCCUCCCGCACGCAAACUCCCUCCCAGAGCCUGACCCCUUUCCCCCCACACCCAAACUUCUCCCAGAGCCUGAUCCCUCACCCCCUCCCGCACCCAAACUCCCUCCAAGAGCCUGCACCCUGCACACCCUCCCGCACCCCAAUCCCCUGCCCCAGCCUAGAGCCCACACCCUGCACCCAAACUCCCUCCCAGAGCCUUAAGCAGGGGGGACGGGGACUUGGACCUGUUCUGGGCACCACCAAAAAUUCUCCAACCUGCCCCCCUGUUAACACAGAGCUCUUCUUCAGGUCUGGGAAAGGUAUCAGAAUACCACAGCGAAAUACAAGCGGGGACAGAUCGUAUAGCAUAUUGAGCAAUAACAACUACAUGGGCGAACCGAGACAGUCACUGCGCUCUUUGGACGGAUACAAAACCACAAUGGCGUUUAUCCAAUGCAUCCCGCCAAAACACCAGAAACUUUUACUUGUACCCACCCCGAGUGGUAACGCUGACUGCAGGGGGGUGGUUUCUAAACCGCUCCGUCAUGGGGUGCAUUAAUUUCUCUGAGCAUGAGCUUUCGUGAGCUACAGCUCACUUCAUCAGAUGUAUACCGUGGUAUACGGUAAACAUCUGAUGAAGUGAGCUGUAGCUCACGAAAGCUCAUGCUCAAAUAAAUUGGUUAGUCUCUAAGGUGCCACAAGUACUCCUUUUCUUUUUGCGAAUACAGACUAACACGGCUGUUCCUCUGAAACCUGUCAUUAAUUUCUCUGUGUGGGCACGGCUGCUGCACACUAGAGGCCAUAGUUUUCUUUGCCAUAGUUUGAAACAGUCCUACAGUAAACGCGCACUGGGAAACGUUCCAGAGAGAGAUCGUUCAUUACAGGCAUGGAAGGAUUUGUUUUUAUUGGUAAAUGUCAGUAAGCAUCAAUUUCACCGGACAUCCACAAAACAUGGAGGAAAAAAUAUCUCCAUUGAUAAUAACUGAAACGUACAGAAAGGCAGAGUCAGAGAAACACUGCUUGAGAACUUAUCGAAGUUUGAUUGAAGACUAUUUACUUGGUGUAUUUUGACAUGGGAUAUUGACAAUUUGUGUUUUAAUGGUUAUAAAGCUUUUACUUUUUGAA